GGAAGAUGAUGUGAGAUCAUUCACAUGGGGUGUGCUUGCAGAGGAGGGGAAGAAGGCAGGUUACAUUGCUAGUCCGAUGGUUGGAGUGGCCUUAGCUCUAAAGCUCAUGCAAGUUAUAUCAAUCAUGAUGGUUGGUCAUGUUGAUGAAUUGUCUCUAUCUAGUACUGCUCUUGCAACUUCAAUCUGCACUGUUACCGGCUUCAGUGUUAUGGAGUCGGGAUCGGAGCAUAGUGAUCAGCAGCUGAUUUUAGAUCUAGUCUAAUGGUUUGGGCUUUGGAGGAAUUCUAUUCCAAAGUUUGGUCGGGCUUUAACGUCCGGUUUCCCCUAGGUAGAGCGGCGGUCGGAUACUCGGAUUGUGAUUGCAAAAGGGUAACCCACUAUUUAUUUUCAUGAGAAAUGAAACUUAAUACACCUCAAAAGUGCCCCUAAAGGUAAAGUUUAAAGACGCUAAUCUGUAAAAGCCACCUGGUCCGGAUAGUGCUCGUCCCAGCACAAAUGGGGGGUAUUACUAUUAACGCCCUACCACGCUCCAGACAGGACAGCUGCCGAAAGUAGAGUUCGGCGCAAUUAGGAACACAAGCACAUCGCUUGAUUUCGCCUGCAUACACAUGUCAGAAUAGUUUACCACCACGGCUUUUUGAUAUGCUGCUGGUGGGUUAUUGAGAUCAGAAUCCUGAGUAGAUAGAUAAGUAUAUUCGGGCACGUUUACCCGGGGGUCCGAGCGCCGGACAAAAAGCGAAAGGCCAAACAAUCAACAAGUCCCGUGAUCCUAUAAUUAACGCAGUGUUGUCGGUCUUUGUUCCGAUAAACAACAAAAAUUGUUGAAUCUCGAGUAGCACGAAAAAAAAACAAAUUCCCUCGGAAAAACAUAAUAAUAAUAAAAAAAAAAAAAAAUCGGCAAAGAAAGGAGAUUUUUUCUGAUAAAGACUAGUCUCGUCUUGUCUCUACCCUUUCCAAAGAGGUCUUUCCUUUCUUCUUCUUUUCUUUCUCUGCUGCGUCUUUGAUUUUGUUUUGGUGGAGAAAGAAAAAAAGGGAUAGAGAAUGAAGGGAGAUAUGGAGGAGGAAGCACGGUUAUUGAAGGUAGGAGAAGAUUCGAGAAGAGAGAUUGGGUUUACAUGGGGUGUGUUUGUGCAAGAAGCAAAAGUUGCAAGUUAUAUUGGCGGUCCAAUGGUUGCUGUUACCUUAUCUAUGUAUCUAUUACAAGUUGUAUCUAUGAUGAUGGUUGGUCAUCUUGGUGAACUUUCUUUAUCUAGUGCUGCUCUUGCUACUUCCCUUUGUGGUGUUACUGGUUUCAGCCUUAUGCUAGGAAUGGCAAGUGGAUUGGAAACUCUAUCAGGACAAGCUUUUGGAGCAAAGCAAUAUCGAAAACUAGGGGUUUAUACUUGGAGUGCAACAAUCUCUCUUACCUUGGUUUGCAUCCCAAUUGCUCUCCUAUGGGUUUCGAUUGGGAAACUACUUACUUUCACAGGUCAAGACCCCUUAAUCGCACUUGAAGCUGGCAAAUAUGCGACAAGUUUGGUCCCUGCAGUAUUUGCUUAUGCAGCUCUUCAGCCGCUAAUGAGAUAUUUCCAAUCUCAGAGUCUAAUCAUUCCCAUGCUAUUAAGUACUUCAAUUGCAGUAGUUAUCCACAUACCUCUUUGUUGGGUUUUAGUUUAUAAAUCUGGGUUGGGAAGUAUUGGAGCUGGUUUAGCAAUUGGUAUAUCAUACUGGAUCAAUGUGGUCUUUCUCGGAUUAUAUGUGGCAUAUUCUCCCUCAUGUGAGUUAACUCGUACAUCCCUAACAAAGGAAGCAUUUCAAGGGUGUGGAGAGUUCUUACGUGUAUCGGUUCCUUCUGCUGUAAUGAUUUGUCUGGAAUGGUGGUCAUUUGAGUUAUUAAUCCUUCUAUCUGGACUUUUACCUAAGCCACAACUCGAAACCUCAGUACUCUCGAUAUGCCUUACGACUAUUUCAUUGGUGUAUAUGAUACCAUACGGAAUCGCUGCUGCUGUAAGCACUCGAGUUUCAAAUGAAUUAGGAGCUGGGAGACCACAAGCUGCGCGUUUGGCUGUCUGCUCCGUGAUGAUUAUUGCGCUAAUUGAGUUGGUUAUAAUAAGCGUGGGUCUCUUUGCUUGUCGUAAUAUUAUGGGAUAUGCUUACAGCAAUGAGAAGGAAGUUGUAGACUACGUGACAGACAUGGUUCCCUUAAUUUGUGUGUCAGUUAUAGUGGACAGCCUACAAGGUGUCCUCUCAGGUGUUGCUAGAGGGUGCGGGUGGCAGCAUAUAGGUGCUUAUGUAAAUUUAGGAGCAUUUUAUCUUGCUGGAAUUCCUGUAGCCGUUUUGUUGGGUUUUCGUCUACAUUACGGGGGCAGGGGACUUUGGAUUGGAAUAUUAACUGGAUCUCUUAUACAGACAGCUAUGCUCGCUUUUAUAACCUGUCGAACUGAUUGGGAAUAUCAGGCAAGGAACGCAAAGGAAAGGAUGCAUCAAGGGCUUGAAGUUUCAGUAGCAUGAAUGAACUGAGGUGAGAAAAAGUAACGUAGACUGACGGAAGAAUAUAUCCCUGCUCUGGCAUUUUGAAGUUCUGUAGCGGCGGAUGACAACGAACUUCCACUGUUGAGAAAAGAUAUCCCUGUUCGGCCAUUUUUGAUACUCCUGUAAACAAAUGGAUAGUCCCUUUCUAUCCGUCUGAGUAAUUUUUAGACAUUCCACUUUGUUAACCCCUCUCUCCAGUAGAAUACUUACUAUCUAGCGUUCUAGCUAGAGUUAGUGGGUUUUAUGGGUGUUAUGCAACUAAAUUGUAACUUGAAAAAAAAAUGUUAAGGAAGGGGUUCUCGCA